AUUUCACAUCCUACAAAAAAAAAACAUUUUUUUUCGUUUUCCUUUCAAGCUUGAAACCUAUAAUGGAUUCUCAACAAUCAGGUGUUGACAUUAAGAACAAGGCAGGUAGUUCCACUGCGCCUACACCCCAAAACACACCUAUCAAUCCUGCUCCCAUUACUUCUACUUAUCGUCCUUCUAUGAACGCCAUUUCUGAAGAUAUGGAAACUAUCACUACAAAAGGCGCAGCCAGUGGCAACUCAGCACUUACUGGUGCAUUCACUGGUAAUCCCGCUCUUUUGAGCAUGCUUCAAGGUAAACUAGGCACUCUCGUGGGCCGUUCCUCUGGCUAUAUUGAAUCAUUACCUGCACCUGUUAAACGCAGACUUAAUGGUCUCAAGUAUUUCCAAUCUAAGCAUGCCGAACUUGAAAACAAAUUUCAGGAAGAAGUAUUGGCUUUAGAAAAGAAGUAUCUCGAACUUUACAAGCCUCUAUAUGAACAACGUGCAAAGAUUAUUAACGGUAGCUACGAGCCUACAGAAGAAGAAGUAGCCCUGGGUAAAAAAAUAGAUGAAGAAGAAGAAGAAGAGGAAGAGGAAGAAGGAGAAAAGGAAGAAGAAAGCGAUAAAGACAUCAAGGGUAUUCCUGAGUUCUGGUUGACUUUAUUAAAGAACCACCCUCAAAUUGCUGAAACUAUCACCGAGCAAGAUGAAGAAGCUUUGAAACACUUGGUUGAUAUCCGCAUGUCCUAUAUGGAUAAGCCAGGAUUCAAGCUCGAGUUUGAAUUCUCAGAAAAUGAAUUCUUUACAAACAAGGUGCUUGUUAAGACUUACUAUUAUCAGGAUCAAGCUAUUGGUGGCGAUUUUGUUUAUGAUCAUGCCAAAGGCUGUGACAUCGACUGGAAAGAAGGAAAGAACUUGACGGUUACAGUAGAAACAAAGAAGCAACGUCAUAAGAGCACAAACAAGUCUCGCGUCGUCAAACGCACUGUGGCUGCAGACUCUUUCUUUCACUUCUUUAGUCCACCUGCUAUUCCUACUGAAGAUGAAGAAAUCGAUGAAGAGGAGGCUGAAGGCUUAGAUGCUAAGCUUGAAGCAGACUAUGAAAUGGGCGAGGAAUUCAAAGAUAAGAUCAUCCCCCAUGCUGUAGACUAUUUCACUGGCAAGGCUCUUCAAUACGAAGAUUAUGACGAAGACUUUGAUGAUGAAUAUUAUGAUGAAGAUGAUGAUGAAGAGGAGAACGACGACGACGACGACGACGAUGAUGAUGAUGAUGAUGAUGCUCCUGCCAAAGAUGAAAAAGCGCCCGAGUGUAAGCAAUCUUAAUACUAUUAUUAUAAAUAAAAUCCCCUUUAGAUAACGGCAGCUAAGACGUUGAUCCUCAAAUAGCACUAAUGAUAUACACACUUUGACUUGUCGAGAUCAGAAUACUAUGUUAUUGUAUAAAAAGAGCUAAUUUAUGUUCUAUGACACGUAUUCCUUUUGUCUUGAUAUUAUUUGCGUCUUUUUCUCUUUUCUCUGAGCCAUAGUAUCAUAUCUUUGGCCCCAAAACGCAUAACAUAAGCUGAGUAAACGUCAUCUGGAUUUAGUAUUCCGCUGUGAGUUGAACUACAAUAUGAAACGCCAAAGUUCAGUAACCUG